UAUACAUAAAUACAGUAUAUAUUUCUACUACUGAGAAUAUUCUUUUGUAGGUUAAGAUGGGCUAUUAAUACACAGCUGUUCAAGAGAACCUUUUCUCUCCCCUCUGUCUGCAGCCUGAGCAAAAGACGUAGCCGAGUUUUGUCGCAGCAUGGAUAACAGCAGUGGUCCUGUUCUUCUCUUUACCUUGUUCCUGCUGCAGAACACGAGCAGCCCCAAAGCCUCCUCCCCUCCUGCUGGCUACAAGAUGGCAGAACUUCCAGCCCCAGGUGCCGGCCCCAGCAGGAACAACUCUCUGGUAGAGUAUGGGCUGAGACCAGGGGAAAUCGCAGCUGCCAGCGUGGUUUGGGGAGUGCUGUGGCUGAUCUCUGUCUUGGGAAACUUCCUCGUUUGCUUAGUGAUCCACAGGAGCAGGAGGACACAGUCCACUACCAACUACUUUGUGGUGUCCAUGGCCUGUGCAGACCUGGUGAGCAGCGUGGGGAGCGCGCCCUUCCUGCUGCUGCAGCUGAGCUCCGGGCGGUGGGUGCUGGGCAGCAGGGUGUGCCGGCUGGUCAGGUACAUCCAGUACCUCACACCCGGGGUCCAGAUCUACGUGCUCCUUGCCAUCAGUGUGGAUCGAUUCUACACCAUUGUCUACCCCCUGAGCUUCAAAGUGUCCAGGGGGAAAGCCAAAAAAAUGAUUUUGACCUCCUGGCUCUGUGGUGCUCUGUUUGCGUCACCGGCCUGUUUUCUCUACGGCUCCAACAGCGACCAGCACUGCAACUUUUUUCUCCCCAGUUCUUGGCAAGGAUCUGCCUACAGUAUCAUCCACCUCCUCUUGGUGUUUAUGAUCCCAUCCCUCUUCAUUAUCCUUUUUUACCAAAAAGUCAUUAAGUACAUUUGGAGAAUAGGCACAGAUGGAAUGACUGUCAGGAGAACAACAAAUAUUGUUCCAAGAACAAAAGUGAAAACCAUCAAGAUGUUCUUAAUGUUAAACUCGAUGUUCCUCCUGUCCUGGCUGCCCUUCUUUAUGGUACAGUUGUGGCACCCACAGGAAACAGACUACAGAAAGAGCUCCUUGCUUUUCCUGGCCAUCAACUGGAUCUCUUUCAGUUCCUCAGCCUCCAAGCCAACCCUCUACUCCAUCUACAAUGCAAACUUCAGAAGAGGGAUGAAAGAAACUUUUUGCAUGUCUGCUAUGAAAUGCUACAGAAGCAAUGCAUACACCAUCACCACCAGUUCCAGGAUAGCAAAAAAAAAUCAUGUUGGUAUUGCAGAUAUUCCAGCUACAGCCAAAAGUAUCACCAAAGACUCCACCUAUGAUGCUUUUAAUAGAGAAGCCAAGGAAAGAAAGCUUGCCUGGCCUAUUCCGUCCAAUCCCCCAAAUACGUUUGUCUAGAGGGCUGCAUUGUUUUGAAAAGUUUCUCUGUACCCCCAGAAGAAGGAAUUUUCUCUCCUUUGGAACCUAUGUAUAGCUAUGUAUUUUUAACCUGGCUUUUGGGGGGGGGGGGGGCAGGAGGGGAGUGGGCAUAAAAGAGAUGUUUUAUUUUAUUAAAUGCCUUGGGUUUGAUGCAUUUGUUCCAUUUCAUUUCAGUUACUACAUUCUGCUUUGGGAAACUCCUCUCCUACAAUCACAAGCAGUGCUUAUAUGCAAAACAAGAGUCCUUACACUCUCUAUCUGUAGGGAUAAAAGGAAAAGAAAGAAAACUGCUUGUUUUAAUCCCUUUACAGGAUGGGCCAUGGUGCAUAAAUGCCUAAAUCCACCCAAAGCCAUCCAGGCUUCCUUCCACUCUCUCCCUGCAAAUACAGUUGUGCUGGGGUUGUCCAUCCUGUUGAGAUAAGGUGUCCAUAUGGGGGCCCUGUUGGCUUCAGCCUGAGCCCACUGAACCCAUCAGGGACAAAAUUCCCACUGGUAGAGCAGUGUCAGCAUUGGGCCAGCACUGGAUGCUUGUGUCUCUGUCCUUGCACCUCUCCGGAGGUCUCAUGGUGUAAGCUACUCAGGAAAAGUCCCCUCCUUGGUCUCACCUUCCCCAGUCUCUAAGCUGCUUCUAGCCCCAGCCUGGUGCACCCACCCAGAGGUGGGCACAGCCAGGAAGAAGAGUUGCUGAGCAGAAGGGGCCAUGUGCCAGGUACCCAGGGCCUCCUCACCUCUGAAACUGGCUGUGUGUCCUGGUCUGUGCCCCCUCUGCUGAGGCACGGCUGCAGCACCUGCAGCAAAGAGUGGCCUUUUCCAAACAGGAGCAGGAACAGGAGCAGGAGUAGUCCCAUGCUGGCUUGGCAACACCUUCCACUGUUUGGGCAUGUUUGAAGAAGUCUCUAAUAGGUGUCCCAGAGGACACAGCUUGUGGGGGACUUGUGGCUGCAGGUGGAGCCGACUCCUGCUGCUCUUUCUCUGCCAGCACAGAGAGAACACAACCCAAUGGGAAUGGCUGGGUCUUCAGUCCUGCUGGGAUGGGGAAUGACAGUGGAGACCAGGAGAAGAGGCAGGAGCUUCUUUUCAGGCCCCUGUGCCCCCCAGUGUUAACAAGCUCCCAGGAAAGAGGCACUGUGCAUGAGGGACCGGGGUCUGUGGGUAUGUACACCUUGGGUCCUGCCUCUUGAAGGAUGUGCUCUGGAGGCAAACUGGGCUUCCUCCCUAGGAGAGGUAGGUCCACUUGCGUC